AUGGCCCUUGCUCUGCGCCUCUUCCUCCUGCUCCUCCUGGCCGUGGCCCUGCCUGCCAGGGCUGCCCAGGCUGCUCCGCUGCAAGUGUGGCGAGCAGCAAUGGAGCAAAAGUCCAUGCAGGUGGGGCCAUAUCCUGUAGGAAGCAAUGGCUUUGUGCCAGCCACUGAUGCAGGAAAGGACAUGGGCAGAGAAGUGCUUGGCAAGUCAGACACUGACGCCCAGAAUCCACGGAAAACACCAAGAAUUAUCUGCCCCCAGGAUGUGCGCAGGUCCUGCAUGAUAGGCACGGUAGUGACACUGUUCACUGUGCCAAUUUCCGUGGUACUGUGCUAUGCUGGGUUCCGGUUGUGGAAGGGAAAGAAACGUCGCGCUGCCGCCGCUCCAGCAUCCCUGCCGAGAAGGCGUGCCUCUCCCUCUCCCCCAGAGAGACCAGAGACCAUCGCCUUUGACAGCUCUCACCCGAGGCCUCGGCAGCCUGAAUUGCCCAAGAAAGCAGAGCACCAGCCCUCCGUGCCUCCCCCACAGCCCCCCAGCCCGGCCUUGAAGCGGAAGCCUCCUGAGAUCCCCCCACCUCCACCCCUCCCGAGCCCGCCGCCCUGGUCCAACUAG